AUGGCUACCCAGCAAAGCCAAUCACUCCUCUCGCGCUACCGGCUGCUGUCUCCCUCUGCUGCGGUGUUCGUCUCCCCAAUCUGCCUUGGGAGUAUGAACUUCGGGACAGCCUACAAGGCAAUGAUGGGUGAAUGCACCAAAGAAACCGCGUUUGAGAUUCUCGACCAUUAUUUUGGCGAAGGGGGCAAUUUCAUCGACACUGCAAAUUCUUACCAUGCCGGCCAGUCUGAGACCUGGCUGGGUGAAUGGAUGGCAGCUCGCGGAAAUCGCGACCAAAUGGUUAUCGCCACCAAAUAUACCGGCAUUCUUCGUUCUGCAGACCAAGGCAUACAAAUCCGCGCAAACUAUGGUGGCAAUGGGAUGAAGUCUCUGCGUCUCAGUGUAGAAGAGUCUCUCAAAUGCCUGCAGACCAGCUAUAUCGAUCUCCUCUAUGUCCAUUGGUGGAACUUCACCGCAUCAAUUCCCGAGGUCAUGCAAGCUCUCAAUGACCUUGUGGCAUCUGGCAAAGUCCUCUACCUCGGAAUCUCCGACAGUCCAGCCUGGCUCGUCACCAAAGCCAAUCAGUACGCUCGGGACCAUGGUUUGCGUCAAUUUGUCGUCUACCAAGGGGCUUGGAACGCAGCCCUUCGCGAUUUCGAGCGCGACAUUGUUCCGAUGUGCCGCGAAGAAGGGAUGGGUAUCUGCCCUUAUGGUGUUCUCAACUCUGGGAGAUUUCAGACCGAGGCUGCGUACAAGGAGCGUGAAAAGCACAAUCCGGGACGCCACCAAGCAACCACUUCCUCGCGAGACAAGGCCGUUGCUGGCGUACUUGAAAAGCUUGCCAAUGCGAAGAAGGCCACGCUCAGCAAUGUAGCUCUCGCAUACAUCCUAUAUAAGGCGCCAUAUGUGUUCCCCAUUGUCGGGGGAAGAAAGCUGGAACAUAUUAAGGACAACAUCAGGAGCUUGUCCACGAGUCUCACGACAGACGAGAUUGAUCACAUCGAGAAGGCUUACGACUUUGAUCCUGGCUUUCCACACACAUUCUUGAGUGGAACUCUCAUCGAUGGAGCCGAUGCGCCUCAACGUGGAGCUUCUCAUCCCAGUGAAGUUCCUUGGACUCGAUAUCAAGGGACGUUUGACUGGGUAGAAUAUCCCAAGGCCAUUCCACUUAGGACUUCAUGA